UUGGAUACGAGCUGGCGGAAGCGCGCGCACAGUGGCGGUCUGUAGACGACAACAUCAACAUGGAGACUCCACAGAGAGUGGAGGCCUCUCCUCACAUGCCAGAAGAUAAAGACAAAGAUGUGAGUCAGUCUGAACAUUCAUCCAUGAGUCAGCUGGAUCCUUCUAGUCAACAUGGUACCCGUCAGGAGCAGAGUCAUCCCAGACUAACCACUGAUGAUUUGGAGCAUCAACGGCAUCACUCUCUGGACUUGGAAUUUCAGGACAGUAACUUGUCUCCAGCCCUUUUCCUGAUGCCUGUAAACUCAGGAGUGGAACACAACCUCAAUGAAUAUUCUUUAUUCCAACAAAGUGACAAUGAAUUUGCACCUUUAAGGGCAUAUCCUGACGUCUCCAUGGCAUCAGAGAGGUUUCAUUCUUCACUCCAGGGUCGCAGCUCUCAGGCCUCAGAGAGUGGCUCGCUGUUUCAACACCCUUUGGCUCAGACAACUAUUCUCUCUGAGGAAGCAACAAGCAGCUGCUGCUCUCUGUCAAUAUACAGUUUACCACCAGUGGAUAAAGCCAGACAAGAAGAAAUUGAUCACUCCCUACUGAAUGCCAUCACUGACGGACAGGAAGCACUAAAGAAGGACUCAGAGACACAAUCUGACCGACUAGCAGAAGAGGCACUGGAUGAUGACACAUACUUUCUGAGUAAGGAUAUUCCUGCCCAGCAUCUUCUGGAGCUCCUUGAGAAAGAUGUCGGCGUGCCUAACACCAGCAGUAGUGCAGUUUCCUCUGCUUCUGAGGUGUCUGUGAAGAAAACUGUGUCAAAAAGCACCAAUGUUUGUAAAUCAGACAUUCACCAAAGCCAAUUUAGAAGAGAACGUCCUCCAGGUGAAGCCUCUCUGCCAGAACAGCAGGCACAGCAAGCUGACCGAUCACAAGAACUAUCAUCUGAGGUCUCCAACAUCACCAUGGGCUCCCGCAGCACCCGGCCUGAUGCCAGCAGUGAAAUGUUACACCGGGAGCUGCUGUCUGAGGUCACGAGGCACAGCAACCUUGAAGCUGAAUCAAGAAACCAACCACUUCUUGGUCCAUGUGUCACUCCGUAUCCCACAAAAGCAUCUGAAGAAAAAAACAGUGCAACAGUGCAGCCGUCGACGGGGCCAUUUUCAGCUGGUGUUGAACGACUUCACAGAGAGCAAGACCUCUGGUCCUCAGGGAACCAAACGGGGAUUGAUGGGUCGUACCUGGGUUUCCUGCCACAGUCUCAGUCAACUCCAGGGGUUUUUAAGGCCCCACCUAAAUCCAGUGUCAAGGCUACAUUAGGCCGACUUUCUGCCAUAGAAUCUGAUAAAGAGGACUCUAAUCCAUCAAGUUCCAGGAUCUCUCCACAGCCAGCUAUUUCUGAACGUGAUGUCCAUCACCCAGGCACAGCAAGUCAGUGCCGUGAAGAAAACACCUCUGCAAAAGUCCAAUCGCUUCCAAGUCUCAACUACAUGCAGAAAGUAGACGCUUGGCGGGCCAAUCACAGUUCCUGCAAAACUUCACUGUUUGAUAGUUUAGCAUUGCAAGGUUUUUCUGGUGUAUCUCCUAAAAAGAAAGCUUAUGACGCAGUUUCUGACUCCCUGAAUCGCAUACUGAGUGAGCAUGUACAGAGUGCUGCUAACCAGAAUGUCACACAGAGCCCCUCUGAUGCUCCAUCUACCUCCGUUUCUCCAAGAAGAGGGGAGGCAGUAGGUAGAGCUCCCAGUGACAAAGAUAACAUCGGGUCUGCAGCAAGACCAUCCAACUCACCCUUUGGUAUGUCGCAGUCCCACUCCUCUCUCAACACGGUCAUCAUGUCGAGCCAGAAAGACAAGGAAACUGGUCAAGCUCAACUGUCGCCUCUUCUGAGCCUCGGUCGCUUCAGUGACGUGUCGGACGAUAGAGAUUUGACACUUUCAAGUUCACAAGAAAGUUACAACAGUGGGUUGAAGUUAGGAACUUCCAUUGGAGCUUCAUCUAUCAUCAGCCUUGAGGUUGAUAACUACGCUCCGUACUGGACUUCAAAACCACCAUCAACACCACCUCUGCCCGCUGCCCUGUCUCGAGAGCUCAACAUUGACGAGCGCAUUCCGUUAUAUCUCCACAACUUGGGUAUUGACCAGUCUCCAUCAACAAUCUUGACUCCAUUUGCACCCAGAGGGCCAAUCAGAGAACCUGAAUUCUCUCCCACUGACAUCUGUACGAUUAAAGGAUCUAUUGGAACGCCGACCAAGAGCACACAACCCUCUGAAGCUGAGAGUCCUCAUAAAGGAGAGUUUUCCAGGUCCAGUGUUCUGUCGGUGGAUUCGAGUAUAUCCAUACCUUUAAGUCUGGACAGUCUUGCUCCAGCUUUAUCGAUGCCGGAUCAGACCAGACGAACUUCUCCUUCAACAGACACACAAGCUUUCCAGAGUGCGUGCAGACAAGAAGCCAACUUCCAUCCUGAUGAAGACUGUCACGCCUCCAUUUUGCAGCCCACUCAGCAGCAGCACAGCAGUUUAAUCAGCAGCCCGAGUGCUGUCCAGGUGGGCAAAAGGUCUGACCUGUCAUUAUUUACUAAGCCGAGGUGCACACAAAAAGACUUUGAGUUACCCUUGCGGGCAAACUGCAGCCUGGACAAAAGUAGAGAGGAUUCUUUUGUCAGCUCCAAGGCCUUGUCUAACCUCCAAAAACGACUCUCUCAGGCAGACAACGUGGUGUCUGCUCGCUCCUCUGCAGCCUCCUCAGCUUCGGCAGCGAAGCGCCAUCUGCUGUCGGAUGGUGACAUUUUUCUCUCAUCCAUGAAGAAAACCAGUAAACCCCAGGAUUCCUCUUUCUCCUCCUCUGCAGCGGAAGAUCGCAAAACUCGAUCUUCCUCACUGUGGACCAGGUCCGCGUCCGAUUCCAUGCUGACCUCAGAUAAUCUGAGGCAAAGCUCUAUGGGUCAAGAGAGUGUGGCCUCGUCAUGGCGACCAGAUUAUCCAUCCACAUCAGCUGUGGUUACUGCACCCUCUGCAGGGUCCGUCCUCUCCAAAUCAGCGCGUCGAGCAGAACCUGAGGGCUGCAGCGCUGCACCUCCUGACAAUACUGUGCCAACACAGCCUGCACAACAGCUCACCUCUACACCUGCAGAGCCAGAGAACGCCUCAGAGGAGGAACAACAGGCUGCACUUGGGGAUGCUUCACAGAGCAACUCCUCAUCCGCUGCCCCUGAGGACACGGAUCAGGGAGUGUUGAGCGACGGGAGCAGUGAGAGCUCACUGGCAGUCAGAGUGGCCGAGUUACUCCAGAGGGAAUCUCCAGCCACCAUGAUGUCCAGCACAGCCAGCAGCACCGACCAGGAGGAGAGCAGAGCCAGAGAGUGGAUCAAGCAGAAGCUCUCAGGACAACAGUGUGAGCCUCUGGAGUUGGACGAAGAAGAUAAAAAACGGAUUGAAGAGAUCACGAGAGAGCUGCUACUGAAAUAUCCUAUGAAGAGCCAGCUGAGCACAGAUACUGACAGCAGUGCACUAUCCAGUGUCAGAGUCCCAAAUGAAAAGGCUCCACCUCCCACUGCAGAGACAUUCACUGAUCCCGCUGAUGUAAACAGGCAGCUGGCUCCGCCUCUGUCGGGCAUCAGAACACACCUCGUUGACUCUCCCAUCCCUCAUUCCUCAGAAACUCUAGAAGCUCAGGUACAGAAGAUAGCUGCUAGAGAAGGAGUAACCCUCACAUCCAUCUCCAUCUCCAACUGCCUGCACUCAACCUCUCCCUCGACGUCACCUGUACCUACAAUCAGCCCGAGCCCAGAGCUCUCCACAGAGGCAGCUGAACACCCUCAAACUAACAAAGCUCCCACCACAGAUCCAACAUCAGUGUUUGAUCCAACCAGCAACGUAACAUCUCACUUAAUGUCAGGAAAUCAGAAGAGGAGAGAAGCUGUUGGUGGCCAUGAUGAUUCUCAGGGUUUAAGGAGAGAAGAUCUGAAUGUCAAAGAUUAUCUGAGAGUCCACAACACCUCAGAUUCAGGACAAACCUGUGAAUCCCUCACCAGGUCAGGUCACGUCCCACACGUCCCACACGUCCCACACGUCCAUGUCACUCUGUCUCCCAAAGCCACUGAUCGUAGCUCGGCCACUCAGGCUGAGGUUCUUUCUGGGCUGACGCGUCGAGAAUUCAUUUCCCUCCGACGCUCUCCUUCUGCUGCCAGCAGUCCAGAUGAAGGUGUUGGUUUGUCCAGUCCUGCAGAGUGGCGCGAGGUCAGAGAGCCACAGAGACAGAGGACGAUUGAAAGAGUUGACACAUCCACCCUUUUUAAAACGGUGGCACCGCAGGAAAGAAUGACCUCCACGUCCAAACAAUCGUUUACACCACAUCUCACACCCGAUGUUUCCAAAAGACCUGUAACCAGUGAAUUACCAGUUCUGUUACCGUACAAACCUCACGGCAGCGAGGACUUCUUCUACGUCCCUCAGUUACAAGCCGACGUCUCCUCUUCAAACACCUCUGACACCACAAUGGAGAGCUCACACACAGGCUCAGACGACGCUGUGCCCCCCCGCUUCAGCAGCGACGUCCUCGGGCACCAGGACCCGGGGUUAGACCGAGGCGUCACCAUCAGACACACGGAGGGCAUCUACAGCAAGAGGUCAAAUACAGCCACCUUUAAAAUGCAAGAGCCUGGACACAGAGCAGAUAAAAGUUCACAAACAAGUGUGAACCAGACUCCAAAGCAGGUGUCUGUGAGAGACCAGGGAACCAGCCCAGUGCACUUCUUCCAUCACGAUGAUCCACAAACAACAGUCUUUAUCAAGACGAGCCGUCACGUCAACCAAAGCUCAGCUGACCUGCAGGAGAGACACCAUGAUGAUCCUCAUCCUCAUCCUCAACACAGCAGCAGCAGCAGCAAUCUGGAGCAGCUGUGGCAAAGGUUCUGUGAGCAGAGGAACAUGGACGACUCUCGUCCAACCAGUGACAGAGAGGCGUCGCUGCUGGAGCGACUGGAGCUUCUGUCUCGUUUCAUUCAUAGCAAGAGGGCGGCUAACGUGUCAGGGGCACGUGAUGAGGAGCAUCGUGAUGCUAACAACACAAAACGCAAGCAAGGAAAACGUCAGGACAGCAGCACUUUUCACAGUCAAGUCAGAGGAAUGCAGAGGAAAGUGGGAGGAAGUGGGAAGUUUGACCAUAAAGCUCCCGUCCCCCGUCAGGCCUGGACACAGACGCUGCAGCUACAGCCUGCAGAAGAAGACAGUCGCGCCUCCUCCACCUCCGCUCCGUCUCACAGCUCCUCCCAGAGUCUGCGCUUCACUCCAGCUGACAGAGACGAGUCAGAGACCACGUCCACCAUUGACACGGACCGGCUGGUCCGAGUGUUCGGCACUCACAGAGUCCAGGACCAGAGAAGCAGCUCCAGCCUCAGUAAACUCUACAAGACCAUCAACAAGCAGAAAGAAGGGAGGGAGCAGAGGAGAGGGAGACGCCCUCCAUCAGAGACAGAGCAGUCCUCGAUUCUCCCUGAUUCUACGUCGUCCACCUUCACCGUCCCAUCAGAGCGAGGACUCUCAGGAACUCUGACGGUGAAACUGCUCAGCAAAGGCAUUCAGACCGCCAGUGACCUGGAGAUUGUUAGUAACGGGACUCUGCGCCACACCAGAGACGUCGGCACCACUUUUCCCUCGCCUCAUGAAUCCAGAGCACCGAGACAUGUUUUCACAUCAUCAUCCAGAGCAGAGAGAGGAAGAGGAGGAAGAGGAGGAAACAAGACUCCUUCGAAAAGUCAGUCGUCACAUAAACGGAGAAAGAACAAGCGCAGUCCGUCAAAGUUUUACCCUGCAGGAGUUUCAUGGUUCAUCUCUGCUGACGACCUGAGGUCAGAGGCCAGGAAGGAGAACCAGGACCAGGACCAGGACCAGGACCAGGAGGAGGAGGCGGAGUGGAGGCCGAGGCCGAGCACUGCCAUGUUUGUACAGUACAGCAGAACAAGACCGUGGAGAGAACCCCUCAGACUGAGACAAGUCCAUGAAGACAGAAACCUGCAGCAUCACCUCAUACACCACCAUGAACCUCAUCAAGAUUCCAGAACCAAGACCACGUCCUCUGGUCUCACACAAGUCUCUUUACAGGAGGCGCUGGAGAUGCGGCGCCCAGACUUCAUCUCUCGGUCCACGCAGCGUCUGAAGCGUCUGACUCUGCAGGUGGAGAAGAGGAAGCUGCACAACGUCUUCACCGGGGAGAGAGACGAGGCUGGAGGAGCAGUGAGGCUGAAGCCUGCAGGUGCUGCUCUGCUCAGGAGAGCUGUUCCCAGGAAGGAGAUGAUCCAGAGAUCCAAACUGAUCUAUGAGAGUCUGCCCGAGGUUCAGAGGAGGAAAGAGGAGGAACGAAGGAAAGCAGAGUACAAAUCUUACCGUCUAAACGCACAACUCUACAACAAGAGAAUCACCAACUACGUCCUGGGCAGGCGAACAGCCUGGCAAUAAUCAAACCAAUCAUUUUUAAAAGCAGAUAUUUAUUAUUAGCAGCCAAAUGUUUUGAAGAUAAUGUUGUAAAGUAGAAGAUAAAAUAAACCAGGUUACUGAAAAAUGCAUUUGAUUGAUUUAAGAUAGGAGGCUGACAGGGAUGAAGUGGCUUUAACCGUCUUUAUUGAUCAGUUAUUGGUUUGUGCACGAGCAGGAAGCCACAACACGUACAACAGUCACAUCAAUGCACUCGGCCCUUUUAUUAACACAAAUAUCAGAAAUAAAUUCAAACACAUUCUUUGGCAAAGAUGUGGUUUUGCUUUGAAAACAGGUGAAGUCAUGUGACCGUCGCUCUCUGUCACAUGACAGCUUUAAGGUUUAAGGCUCGGACAAAGACUGUCAUUCUACUUCAAGCAUGUAACAAUACACAGUAAUAAAUAGUAAAUCAUUUAAACCAUAUUUUACUGUUUAUCAGACUAAAGUGCAUAAAUGUGAAAUAAUUUAGCUUUUUUUUUUUACACAGUAAAGUAAAGAUUAACCUGCUUUAAUCUGAACACACACAGUGGUUUGUAGCAACUUUGUCGUCAGUGACACGUUUAGUUUCUUCUUUUCCCUUUAAAACAGCCAGCUUACAAAAAUGGAGUUUAACACAGAAAUCGCCAUCCGGUGGUUCAAGCCUGAACUGCAGCUUCCACACCAGAGCCAGUUCUCAAUAUAUAUUCAGCAACAAACACACAGUAGUUUUCAGUGGACACAUGCAGCAGACAUGUAAAUACAGUUCAUCAUCAAUCAUCACAGUUUCACGCUCUUUAAUUUAACUUCUAAUUAUUGUCAAAAUUCAGUAUCACUCAGUCAAAGGAUAAAACCAAUAAAGUCACGAUCAGUCGUCAAUAUUUCUAUAACCACGAUCGUCUUCACACAAAAUGGCUGAAAGCAUCAGUCACGAGCAUAAACAAACCAAAAGUAGGGCGACAAUAAUUAAUCAAUUAAUUAAAUCUGCAGCGAGUUGAAGUAUUUUUCAGCCGCUGUUGUUUGCUUACAGUGCUCCGCCCCCUUCCGUGUCGUCUGUUAUGACACAAAUUUAUGACUGAACGCUUAAUUGGACAAAAGAUUGUAAUCUGACGUCAGCCUGAGUGUCUGCUCUGAUGAUGAAGAUGCAGGACAGAAGGACAGCUGAGGCUUUAGUUUCGCAGCAGACUGUGAACUCUGUGCAGCUGAGACUGAGACAUGACGAGACGGUGGACCUGCUCCUGACCACGGAGACACGGCACCAUGACCCGACCCACCAGAACCGCGUCGCCCUGUUUCUCCUCCUUCACCUGAAC